AUGUCCUUCAUAGCCUACAGCGCUCGGAGGGCAACGAUCGCCGGUGUCUUCCUCGCUACCCUAGUCUUUGUGCUCUGGCUCCUACCGCGAGUUCUCAACCCGACACCGCCCGACGCGGAAGAGCGCGAGAGGGAUAAAAACUGGGUUAAUACCUCGCCGAGCUGGGUCGAUCGCCAGGCAUGCCGCUGGCUGGGUCUCUGUGGCCUACAACACAUACGCUGGGAUGCACCUUCGCUUGACAACGAUGGGCCUUCGACACUAGACGAGUUGAAAUCGCUCGCCGUGGGGUUGAGUACGUACUGGGUGUUCGGGACGAAGGUUGGGGUCAGUGACUGGGAGACGGCCCCGGCGGGGAAAGACCUGAGGCGCGGGCCCCGCGCGCACAGCACCAGCAGCGCGCGUAUCCUAAAGGCGGUGCCUGACUAUGUACUCGACCAUGCGCCGCUGGUGCAUCUCUACUCGGGGGAACACUUCUGGCCGUCCGACAUUGCUGAACAUGUCCGCCACAUGAAGCCGUACUUGAGGGGUGUGUUGGUCAACACGAGUGAGCCUUUGGAUCUCGGGAACAUGGCGCACCUCAAUGCUCUAAAUGGCACGGUCUUCGCCACGAGCGAGGAUGAUGUGGAGUCGAGGCCGGAAUGGCUCCAUAGUCGAUUUUCCAUUCCAGCACCUUUCGAGGACGAUGGCUCGGAUGGGGAUGACGGGGAUGACGGCGCGCAAGAUCCCCCGCGGCGCCCCGACGACGAUUCUUCCUGGAAAGACGUCGACAGAGACCACCCCCCACGUCGCAUCGUCCCGCCCAGGAUGUCAUCCCACAAGCACAAAGGGCUUCGGCGGCGGCAAUCCGGAUUCGAUGCUCAACGCCCCAUCGUGUGGGAUGGUCCAAAGGAUACUGAGGCUAGCAAGCCUGGUCCUAGCGGUUACUCGAAAGCUCCGGCCGUCCUUAUCCUUGUUGACAAGGGAGCCGGUAUCGUCGAUGCCUUCUGGUUCUUCUUUUACAGCUACAACCUCGGCCAGACGCACGGCAUCCCACGGGCCAUGUUCCUCAGCGAGCACGCUGGCGGCAAGGCGUAUCUUUGGAAGGCCCUCGAGAAACGAGCGCAGAAGGGUGGCAAGCCGGCACGGCCCGUCAUUUACUCCGCCGUCGGCAGUCACGCCAUGUAUGCGUCACCUGGGAUGCACCCAUAUGUCCUACCGUUCAAGAUGCUCAAGGAUAUCACCGACAAGGGCCCGCUCUGGGAUCCGUCGUUGAAUAACUAUGCCUACUGGUACGACUAUGAGGUCAACAGGGACGAGGAGAAGAACUUCAACCCUAGCAAGAUCAGAACCAAGCCUCACACCUGCAGCGUUCGAACCCUUGACCUUACAGACUUCGUUGGUUCCAUUUCAAGGGGCCAAUGGGGCAGACGACAUCUACCCCCUGAGCGACCCGGCGGCCAGGUGGCGGGCUGUUUGGGCGAGUACCCACUACAUCACGAGGGCCGCUCGGGCCCCAAGGCGAAGCGGCUAGACCGGAGGAAAGCCUUCCAUUGCCCUUGA